UGGUGAGACCCGGGCAAUCAGUAUUAUUUGAUAUACAAUUACUAAUUGUAUCACUAUACAGCGAAGCGAUGAAAUGUAUAACUGAUAUAAUUAUUAAUUAUAUGGCAAAUAAUAUGAGCUAAUUGGCUGCGAACCUGACUAGGUAUUCGUAUCAAUGCGUUUGUGGUAUAUUACAUUAGCGAAUAUAUAAUUCAGAUAUAAUUUAGAAGUGUAACUAAUAAAAAUAAUAGUACUUUUGCUGCUUACUAUAAAUAAGAAUUCAGUGUUGGCAACUAAGUGAUUGCGGAUUUUGCCAUUACCACCUAAUGACAAAAUCCGCAAUUACUUAGUUGCCAAUCCAAUAGAAUUCCAUCCAAACCUCUUAUGGAUUUCCACGAGUAAACAGUUUUAACGUUCAAUCUGCCAUUUCUUUUGCAAAACAUCUGAUUAUCAUUUUUCACUUCUCUGCAACUUGUACGAGAUAAGCUACCGCUCGUGUGUCGUUCGCUGUGAGGAUCGUUGCGCGGCCCGCUGCUUAAAACCGACUUUCUUUCGUUGGUGUAAGGAGGUUAGCUCGCGUGCAGGGAUAUUUCGGCCGAUUUUUAAUCGUCAAUAACCAAACAGCAAAGCCGAAAACGCAAUUCUGUAUUCUUGAUUUUCGUCUUAUUUCCGUUUCAAGAAUCACCCCUUAAAUUUCCCGAACACCCUGUAUAUAGGAUCAAAUUAUUGAAAAUAUCGAUUUCUACAACGUAGCCAAAAAUCAUCGAGAUUGAAGUGUAGUUAGCUUUUCUACGGUUCAACACGAGUCAAUUUUAUUUCACUCAAAAGCGAUAAUAUUUUUUAAACCGUUUCCUACUUCCCGCGCUUUCUUCUAAUCCUCUUUUACGAACAAUAUUUAUUAAUCCCUGAACGUGCAAAUGAAAUAGCACUCGAGCUAUGCUAAAGGUACCAUUUAUAUAUAGCUCAAUAUAAAAUUAUGUAAAAUUGUUGAUGCGAAAGUUGAAAACGAUUGCUGUGGCUGAAUCGAAUCUCUUUCAGUCAACUACGCGUUCAUAGUUACGAAUCUGAAUCAAGUCUAGUCUUUACCGCGCUAAAUGUUCCUUGUUACGUGGGGCUAGUUGGAAGUCAAACGUUGGCAGCAGUGCUAUUUGACUAUGCGUGGUCGAUAGCAGUUCUCAAGUUCUUAGCAGCGGCACGUGGUUAUCGUGCUACUGCUGCUACUAUGAUUUAAUACGUUUCUAAUAUAUUUUUUUUUUCUAUUAUUUACGAUAUGAUUGGAAAGAUAUUGUUUCUUAUGAACCACUAUUAUCGUUGUUGUGCCACCAUUAUUGUGUAACUGGAUCAUUGGACUUGCUGUUGGUGAACAUGUGACAAAGAGAGGGUCGGUGUUUUGCAAGGAGUGGGGGACACCGUUUUUACUUAUCUUAGCAGUUUUUAUGCCAUCUCAGUGCAAGAAAUCGGAAUCUCGACGUAGAGUUCUAAGCGUAAGCGAUACCAAGCCGCAAGAAAGUCAGAAUGAUCACGUGAAAUGGUUCAAUUGGCGCGCUUGUCUCUGACACCGAACGUCAUUCUAAAAUAAACAAUAAUCAUGGGCAGUGAGUUGAACCUCAACGAGGAUACGAUACCCGGCCAAAAAUGGAGAAAAUACUUCCGAUGGAUGGAGGAAGUGUCGGUAGAGCCAACGAUGUGGCUGUACAUGAUGGCAUUCAUGAUCACUUCUGUCGUGGAACAAGCUUUUUUCGUCUACAAAGCGUGUCGAGUGGAUCACGGUUAUUCGGAAGAAAUUUGCGCUAAUCUGAAGGAUAAUGCGACGAUAAACACCAAAGUACAAGUAACAGUAUCAAGCUUCCAUCAAUGGAAUAACAUAGCAGGUCAUGUCGUCCCUAUAAUACUAGCUCUAUUUUUUGGGAACUGGAGCGAUCGACGUGGUCGAAAACUGCCGCUAAUUAUUGGGCUACUAGGAAAGUUCAUCUAUUCUUUCAUGGUUGUAAUCAAUUCCAUGAUGGAUACAUGGGAUCUAAAUACUAUAGUAUAUACAGCGAGUCUUCCCAUGGGCAUGUUAGGAGGAGAUGUCGCUAUUUUUGGUUCCUGUUUUGCAUAUAUAUCAGACAUAUCAUCCGUUCAGCAAAGAACCCUAAGGAUUACCAUUUUAGAUGUGGUUUACCUCAGCACUAUGCCUACUGGUGUGGCUCUGGGCUCUUAUCUUUACUCAAAUGUUGUCAAAUCAUCCUAUACCAUAAUGUUCGGCAUAAAUUCCACUUUACUAGCCUUAGCCAUUUUGUAUUCACUGGUUAGACUAAAGUGGCAAACACUGCCUCAGCAACAGUCACUAGCAGGUACUAAUUUGUUAACCGACUACUUCGAUAAGAAGCACGUGAUGGCAACUGUGAGGACAAUGACCAAGAACAGGCCAAAUCAUGGAAAGCUUCACCUGUGGCUUCUGCUGGUCAUCAUGAUGCUAUAUACUUUUCAAAGAGACGAGAAACCUAUGAGUUUCUUGUAUACUCAAUUGAAAUUCAAGUGGGACGUGAGAAAAUUUAGCAAUUUCAGAACAUUCCAAUCAGCUACCUUUGUGAUAGCGAUGCUAAUCGGCGUGCCAGUAAUGAGCAAACUGAUGGGAAUUAGGGAUACUAUUAUGGUAGCCAUUGGCGCUAUUGCUCAUGCUUCUGGAAGAGUAAUAUUCGUCUUAGCCGAGAUACCAGAAUUAUUCUAUGUUGGUGCUGCUGUAGCUGCUCUUGGACCGAUAGUGGCACCAGUCCUGAGGUCAAUGACCUCAAAACUAGUUCCUGUGGACGAGCGAGGGAAGGUAUUCGCAAUUUUAUCAGUUUGUGAUAAUGCAGUGCCUUUGUUCAGUGGCAUAUUAUAUUCCCAGCUAUAUAAUGCAACCAUAGACUCAGCACCUAGCUCAAUUUAUUGGCUGACCUUUGUCACUCAAGUGUCCAUUCUAAUUCUUAUUCUAAUAAUUCAAUUUUCUACGAAGAAUAGAACACAUUUAGAACACAUAGAAUAUAUAGAUAAUGAAACUGACUGUUCAAUACCUCCUACUAUGAGACAAAACACAAGUAGAUGAUCUUCAAAUGAAAAUGUAUGCGGUUGAAUCUUAGACAAAUGUAGUUCUAAUUUUCUUUUUAUUUUGUAAGAUAUGAUUAAUAGGCUGCUGAUUUCUAAUAGAAUAUAAUCAAAGAUAUGUAGUAUGCAAAGAGAUACUUGUAAAAUACUAGGGGAACAAAUUUUCUUAAAUUUGAUUCAAACAUAUGGUGUGUACUGAUGAUCCGUAUACUAACCAUGAUCUGUAUAUUUUCUUUAAUUGUUAAUUUCCAUUUUGUGUAAAUAUCCGCCGUCUAAUGAUUAAUACUGUAUUAUUAAACCCCUAUGAGUCACAAAUUUUGUAUAGAAUAAUUUCUUCAGAUUUCAUUGAUGCAAACCAUAAGACCUAUAUUUAAUUAGCUGUGUUUAUAAAAAUGUGAAUAUGUUUAAGUAUCCGUAGUGCAAUGAUUAAUAUUUUAUUACUAGAUAUCUAUAGUCCAUACAUCGCAAAUUACAUGUAUAAAAGAAGAAAACUUUAAUUAAUGAUACAAAAGCUUGUAAUUCACCAUGUUGAGAAAUUUCCUUAGAUUUUUAAUAUACAACAUCGUAUUUAUUAUACGUUAAUAUAUUAUAUAUCAUAUAUUUUAUAUUAUAUAUUUUAUAUAAAUUGUAUUUAUAUAAAAAUAUUAUAAUUCAAA